UUUACUUCACGAAAUCAUGCUUUUGGCCGUGUUACUAAAAGGCUAUUGCACAUGCAGGAUUCCUGGUGCUGAUAAUAAAAGUUCAGAGCUAAAAAUGGCUCAAUUUGGCCAUUUUCAUAAUUCUAUUAGAGGUUCAGGAAGCUGGGGAGCUUAAUAUAGGCCUGUGGAGCAUAAAACGUUGCUAAUUAGGGUGGAGCUUAAUAUAGGUUUGUGGAGCUCAUUACAAUUUAAAAUACACAAAAAAUGUCAUCUUCAUCAUUCUCUCUCAGUUCAAGUGUUUCCUUUAUCGUAACUGAUACGGAAACACAUGAACUUGCUCAUGGCAACCAAAUCAUCCAACGAAGUUCAAAAUAAAGCGAGAGAGAAGAGAACGGACAGGGAGAUUUUACUAGGUUCUGGGGGAGAAACAAAGCCCAGAAGUAGUAGGAACCUUAAGGAAAUCGUAGCCAAGUACAGAAAAUCCAAGGACGCCUCUUCUCCGGCUGCUAGUGCACGAAACAAGCGGGUCCAAAGGCAGGAGAAGCUGGAGCAAUGACACUGAAGAGCUGGAAGGUAGAUCAGAAGACUAUGCAUCAUUGGCAAAUGAAUUUCUCAAGAAAAUGGAGAAACGAAAGUGGUGGCAACUGUGAGAAAGAUAUAAGCCUGAUAUGCUAGCUAUCGGACAGGUUUUAAAGUUUUUCCUUCUGUUUGUUUAUCCCCUUUGUGCAUGGUGAGAUUUCUCCAAGACCCCAACUGGAGAUUAUCAUCACAUACUAUGUGCGAUUUGAAGACAAUUAUGAAUCUGUACUUCGAUAAUAUUGUCUAUGAGUAAGUUUCAACUGUGCUUACUUAUCUACAGAUGAUUUUGGGCUGCACAUUAUAAAAGCAGUUGUCCUCCAACUAAACCUGAACCUUUUAAUUACAUUGGCAGAGCCACACAACUUCCCAA